AUGGGUCUACUGCCACAACCCGCGCUGUUUGACACCCUACAGGCCGAAUUCUCCCCCCCUUUGGAUAGCUCUCUCAUCGCAGCAAUAGUCGCAGACUAUGCUACUCAAGACGCAUCGUUGUCCCCCUCAGAUCAGCUUUUAGCAUGUCGAGCGGUCCUCGCUCAACUGGCUACUCAAGCGGAGAAAGAAUUACUCGACGAGGAUUCCUUCUCAGGGCAGCUUUCCAACUUGCAUAUAUCCCCAUUCUCUACCACAGAUGAGACGAGCAGCUCUGCAGACUAUACUUCGACUGACACCAAUACCGCCACAUCCGAGGUAUCCACCCAGUAUUCCUUCAGCUCCCCUCUGGGGUUCCUGCAAGCGGCCUUUCCUCAUGUCCAUACGGCUAGGCUUCGAAUGGCCUUAAGUGUUUCGGAGCAGGAUGAUGAGGGAUCAGAGGUUGACAUGGAGUCUGUCGUAGAGGGAUUGCUAACUAGUGAGUACGUGCGAGAGCUCGAGGAACGUGGACUAGACGACACCGACUUUCCGGCGGACCAUGGGGAAGAAUGGUCGAUAGCUGGGAAGAAGAAGAAAUUUUCACAGCCCGCGAAGAAGAGCAAGAAGCGUGGUACCACCAUCACACUGGUGGACAUUCGCCAGAAGCAGCACGAGAAACCUUUAUCGACGACGCCGCAGAUUUCGUCACCAGAUCCAUGGACGCAGCUGUCUUCCACUGCGAUAUAUAUCUCAGAUCUGCUUCCGAGUCAACCCGCGACAUAUUUCCAGUCAUUUCUUCACUCUCCUGAAUAUCCCUCUCCGUCGAAAGCCCUCCGUGCGGCGCUCCGUUCGAUUGUUUCCAAAUCUAAAUCAUCGAUUGCCGCGCAGGAAUCUAACUUCGACGCAACUGACACCACGCAUCUAUUCAACGUGCUCGAUGUCCUGCACGCCACGCCACGAUUUGCUAGUGCGAAUGCGGAGGAACGCGAUCGAUUAUUGGACGAUACACAGCUUGCCCUACAUGCAACGUGUAAUCAGCCGGACACUGCUCUUGAUAUUGUUCAGCUCUUGCACGAACUAGAUUCUGACUCCUCCUCAGGUCAACUCGGAUGGGGCGUUUACCACUCACCCGCUCCACCUCCAUCGACCGCAUCUGUCUCUAAUAAUGCAAUCAAGACGCUGAAGGCUAGGUUACCCACUGGACCCCCUCCUGUGCAACCCCCCCGUUCGCGGCCCGUGUCAACACCGAAACGGUUGCAGACAUUACCGCCGCCGACAAAUGCAUGGCAGACGGUGCCUCGGCGCGAGCCUGUGGGACCACAUCCUCUCGCGGAGUCGAUACCCGCAUACAGGCGCAGGGUGCGCGGAGGCGGCAAUGGUCUUGGAAAGGGAGGGAAGGGCGACGUUGGUGAGCUUUCGGGCAAUCGGAGCGCGAACAAAUACCCGAACCAUGUGAGCGAACUACUGGCUCAAAGAAGGGACGCGCUACGCGAGGCAGGCAGGGCAUGGCAGAGAGGAAGUGCGAAGACGCGGGGUGGUGAAGUUGCAAUGUACUACGCCGAGCGGGCUCGCGGGCUACAGCAACAGGCUCGCGACGAACAGCUUCAUGCUGUACGUGAAAUGAUACAAGCGAAACGUUUGGCCUCCAAUACGGGAGAUACGGUCGAUCUGCAUGGCACUACUGUGUCGGAGGCCACUCAAAUUGUACGUGAAAUCCUUCGCACCAGUGGUCCUUCUCCAGUGAAGCCACUUACGAUCAUUACUGGUCGCGGAAUGCACUCCGCCAACGGUGUUGGCGUGCUUGGCCCAGCUGUGAAGGCUGCACUCAUCGACGAUGGAUGGGCUGUCAGCACAUUCGACGGCGGGCUAGUUGUUCGCGGCAGAUUAGGCUCAGGAACAUAA